AUGUUAAUUUCAAUAAAAACUAAAUUGACUGAUAAUGUAUUACAAGGCAUACAUCACAACGGAAGACAACUUUUUUGUAAAAGAAAAAUUAUAAAUAAAUAUACUGUUAUAUAUAGAAAUCUUGAAGUUGCAGUGAUUUUUAGAAGAAACGACAAGGAGACAUGGAAAAAUUGUGAUAGUAGUCAUGUUGUAUUAAAAGCAGUGAAGAUUUUUGCAAAUCGCGGUGAAAUUCUACUUGCUUCAGAUGUCAUUUUGUUGGAUGAUAAAAUAAAAGUUUGUGCAAUGUUAAAUCGUCUGGGAUCUGUUUUUUGUAUAUACUUUGACAAGAAUGAUAUAUCUAAAAUAAAGUUUUUAGAUAAUAGUGAAAAACAAGGUGCAGCUAUAGUUUUAACAAUAUGUUCAAAAGACAAAUGCAAGGAAAUAUUGUUAUGUCAAACACCUGAGACUAGAAUGUGUUGUGGUGACUCUCUUAAUUGUUUAAUUUUAACAAUUCCAAUAGUAAACAGUGAUAGUGAAUCUAUUCAAAAAAUCGAUCAAAAAUUGUUGACUUUUUGUCAAAUUGACAAUAACAAUUCUCCUGCCAUUCUUUUCAAUAGGAUAACUUUCUCAAAAUUUAAAGAAUGUAUUUUACCGUUCAAACUCAAACCUGUUACUUAUGUUUCUAACAAAAGUACUAAAACACAAUAUAUUGUUAUAAUGAGAAAUGAUUAUUCCAUCGAGGAGUCAGACUUUAAAUUAAAGGAAUUUUUAACUACGAGGAACCAAUCUUUUUCUAAUUUAAAUAGUACCUUUUCCACCCAGCUCCGAUCAAUAAAUGCUGAAACCAAUGAAAUUUAUGAUCUAAAUGGUAAAGGGUUUGGAUCUCUGUUUUAUAAGCAAUGGCUUCACAAUGAUAUAAUUGAUGCUUAUCUCAAUAAAUGGAGAAAACGAAUGAAUACGAUUGUUAGUAAUUCUUUAAAUAAUAAUGGAAUUCGUGUUAAAAUUUUCAACACAUUAUUAUAUACAAGAUUAACACGGAACGUUGAAUUUAAUUUGCCUGAAUUUAAUAAUUUGCCUGCAUUUCAUCACCUUAGAAGUAAUGCUCGAAGGAUUUCACGUGAGAACAUUUACCAUUCUUCAACAUUCUGUCUUAGUAUCUUUGAUUUCGAUGUUAUUGUAAUUCCAAUACAUUUAAAAAAUCAUUGGAUAGCUGGAAUUAUCUAUCAACCAAAAAACUGUUUAGUAAGAAGUAAAGAAAAUAAAAAUGAAAAUAUAAAAAGUGCUUUUAAGGGGAACAGAUAUUUUUGUCCAAUCGUUCUUAAAGAAUACGUCAAGUCUUGUUACUAUAAUUUAUUAAAAGAGGAAUCUUUUGAAAAUUCUUGGUUUUUAGAUACAAGUAAAUUAAAAGUAAUUGAAUUAAAAAACCCAUAUCAACAAAUGAAUGGACAUGAUUGUGGAUUAUUUAUGCUUGAAUUUAUUCGUCAAAUCAUGAUAAAACCGUUGUCACUUAAAAGUAUGGUUUAUGGUAAACCAAUGAAAGAAGCACUACCCGGAUUUAACGUUAACAUGGGUAGAGAAUAUUUAAAAUCAUUUGUGUAUUCAAAAGUCAGUGUAGAAAAAUGGAUUGUUUUAUAUGAAAUGGAAGAGUUUUUUCUGACACAACAUUGUAAUAAAAAGUUUAGAGUUAUGCGUUCACGUUCACUCGGAGCAAAAGUUGUCGCUAAAAAAGUUUAUAUACAAAGAAAAUAUAGUUAG